AUGGUGUCGUUAACACAGCUCCCGUUCGCCUUGCCCGAGGACAAGGUGCCCACCCCGCAAAUCGCCCGGGACAUCGUUUCCACAUUUCUCACACAAGAAUGGCCCAAGCAAGAUCCCGCCACCAUCACCGUCGCGUACAGCACCUCCUUUACCAAUCCCAGCUGCGUCGUUGAGCGGCCUGCUCCCGACGAUGGCACGAUUCCCGCCGAGCCGCUCAAGCUCUUCAUCAAGUUCCACCGCUCGAGCGGCUCCGACUUUGAGGCCUUCCGGCACCUCGUCCCGACCAAGGAGCAAGAGGCCCUGCUGACCUACGAGUACGGCCGGUCCGGCCUGGGCGCCCGCGUGUAUGGCCUAUUCCAGACGCAAGACGGCACGCUUGCCCGCAUCGACGAGUUUCUCGACGCGCGGACCCUGGAGCCCGAGGACGUCGAGGACGAGGCCCUCCGCGCGGAUCUGGCCCGCGGGCUCGCCACGUUUCACACCCUCCAAGCCGUCGCGCUGCCCAAGAAGCCCGUCGCGAGCUACUACGAAGCCGUCGGCAAGGGGCUGCGCAGCCUGCACCGCCUGGACAAGCUCAAGGCGCUGGCGCGCGAGGGCGGCGUGCCCAUUGAUGAGCUCGUCGACUACGACCUCGCCGGACGCUGCGCCGUCGUCGUCGAGGCUCUGCAGAAGCUCGGCGCCAAGACGGGCUGGUGCAUCCACGACAUCCAGUCGAUGAACAUUCUCGUCAAGAACAGGCCCGCGGCGGACGAGACCAAGCUCACGCUGAUUGAUUUUGAAUUCGUGUUUGAGAAUUACCGCGCGUUUGACAUUGGUGGGCACUUUAUGCAGAAAAUGUUCAAGUGGUUCGACGAGACGAGCAAGAUUGCGAGCUGCCGGCCGUACCUCGAGGCCGAGGAGCGGCACUUUUGCGACGUCUACGCCGCGCAGUGGAAUGCGCGGACGGGCGACGCGGAUACCGGGGAGCAGGUGUACCGCGAGGCGCAGCUGGGCUACAUGCUGGCCACGGCGUUUGACAUUCACAACAUGCUCUGCUGGAUGGAGCAGGAGAGUGACAAGGAUCCGCUGAACCUGGCGGGGUUGAACAAGCUGUUUGCCGAGUUCAAGGGCCGGUACGAGAAGCUGGGACUGGAGUCUGGCCAAUAG